UUACACACAAAAAUGGAGUGAGUGGCUAGCGUUCGCAAGUUUUAUAACAACUCGGCAAUUUGUAUUGAUCAUGUGUUCGAAUCUAUUAGGGAAUUCUUGCCUAUUCAGUUCUAACGUUUCUGCAUGGGGUUCGGCAUGGAAUGCACAAAUUUAGCCGAUGAUGUUGCGCGUGUGUUGGAUUUGGCUCCCGAUCUCUUCUUUGUGCCGAGUAAGUGACUGAUAACGAGGAAUAGCUGGAAGUGAUUUUCAGCAAGCUCCAGUUAUUUGGAGUGGUUUGGCGUUUAGUUAUGCCGAUGCCUUCUGCAAAUGGGAUAGCUAUGGUUGACAGGGAACACACUCCAUCGUCCAGUACUCGGAAAACCGUUGAAGAGCAAAGGAGACUGAUUUCAAAAUUAAAAGCAGAGCUUGAAUUAGAAAGGACUAAACUUAAACAAGUGCAUCGAGAUAAAACUAACGAAAUCAAAAGGAACCAUGAAAACUUUGAGAGAGAUAGGCAGAGAGCUAUUGAAAGCGUCACUAAAAGAUUGCACGGCGAGCACUCCGUAGAGCUCAGAAGAGUUCGGGAUUCAAUAACCAAGGAGAAAGACAAUGAACUACGACAAAUCGUCAAAUUUAAAGACGAAGAAUGCAAGGCAUUAAAGGCACAAAUCACAGAGGAAAAGGAUAAAAAUAAACGCCUGGAAGAGGAAAACAGGAGGCAAUUGGUAGAGAAAAGUAGAGAUGAGACAGGGGACUUCGAACGUAGGCUUAGAAACGAAAUUCACGAUUUAAAAGAACAAAAAAGGAAGGCAGAGGAAAGCUUAAGACUUAAAACUGCUGCCGACUUCGAAAAGGCUGAGCUCAUUCGUAGGAUGAAGUCUGAACAUGAACGCGAAGUAAACGAGCUCAUAAGGCAAUCCAAACGCGAAGUUGCUAAAGAAUUCCAACAGAUUCGAGACGUUGAAAAAGCCUUGGAGGAAAAGAACAACGAGCUUGCGUUCAAAGACCAGUUGACAAGAAAACUUGAAGCCGAAAAGGAGGAAAUACGGCAUCGAAAAGCCUCUACCGAAUGGAGUUUGUUAGAAUCUCCGCGAAGGUCUUUAACUGGGACUCUAUCUUCCACUGUGGAAAUGACACCGGAACCGGCAGAGUCGAAUGCCAAAAUUAACAAAGAUAAAGAGAGAGAGCUCAGGAAGAAGAAUGCAGAACUGCAAGCUAAGCUAGACAUGCUGGAGAAGAAGUGUGGAAUACUUGAGAAACAAAAUGCUUCUAAAGACUCUGGGAAUCAAAAGGCAACUAGCUUGGGAGAGGAAAAAAUAAGAAAGCUGAAAAAGAGGAAUUCAGAACUUGUCUCUAUAGCAAGGCAACUGGAGGAUAAAGCCAAGAAACUACAGGAUGAGAAAAAUGCAAUUUUGAAACAGGCAAACAGUAAAGCAGACAAUACAGCUGAACUUGAGCACAUGAAGAAGUUGUUUGCACGGCAGAGGGCCAAAGAUCUUGCGGAACAUGCCAGGAUUCAAAUGGCAAAAGACAACGAACUGGAAAUCCUUCGAAAAGAGCAUUUCUCAGGAGACAACAAUAGUGACAAACUUAAGGAACUGCAGUCCAUUAUCAAACAAACAACAAAAGAGAGGCUGCUCCUUGAGAAAAGGCUUGCAGAGACAUCUGUUGCAAGCUCAUCCCCCACUCCUCUCCCCGAUUCAUCUGGUCUGGAGGAUCAUUUGAAAAUUGAACAGAAAUUGAAAACUGAGUCAGCAAAACUUAAAACAGCUGAAGAGGAAACUGUGAGAUUGAAUGCCAUUCUACUUGAAAAAGAAAAGGAGUGUGAGAAACUACAGCAAGACAUUGAUGAUAAGCAAGUCAAGUGCUCAAAACUGGAACUAGAGCGAGAAAGGUUUGCUGCAAAGUGCACAAUGUUACAUCAAAAGAAUUCAGAGUUGAGCAAGAAGGUCAAAGAAAUGAAACAGAUGGAAGAAGAAAUAUCUCUUCUUAAAGAAGACCUUGAGGAGACAGAAAAGGAGAAAUUGGCAGCUGAAGAGGAAUGCCAGAAGCUUAGAGAGCAGGUUGACAAACUCCUGCAUUUCAAAGAGGAUUUGCAAGCAUCUGAACAUCAGAGGAAGGAGCUCGAAGUGAAGCACAAGACAAGCCUGGACAAGCUGAAUGAGAGAGAACUGGAGAUCAGGCAGCUACACAAGAUCCAAGAGGAGUCGACUCGAAUACACCAUCUCGCGGUCACAGCGCUGGAAAAGGACGUGCGAAGCCUGGAACAGAGAUGCUUGGAAACCACCGAUAAGUACGAGACGGCCACGCUGCAACUGGAGCAACUGCGCAGCCGCAGUUCCAACAUCAAUACUCUGCACAAGGCUACACAGACUUCCGAAAACACGCAGCCAACGCCUGGGGCAGUAUCCUUACCUGCUGCGCGCAAGUCCACCAACGCUGCUGAGCCCUCGGUGACACCACGCAGCGGUAAGAGCAGCGGAGACGAAGUCAGCACGUCAAAUGGUGACAUUUUGGAAACUGCCGCAUCUCGCAUCAGGCAGCUCGCUAUGAGUGACAGCGAAGAUGACGCAUCAUCUAGCUACAAAGAGAAGCCUGCAGGCCGAAGGUCCAGCGGUGCCUCGCAGAACUCGGAACCAGACGAUGACAUAUUGACGCUAUCCCAAAGAAUCAGCCAAGCAGCGAUUAGUGACGACAGCACAGCGAGUGCCUCCGAUGACCGCUCGUAUGAAAGCGAUGCUAGUCGGGAGGUUGGCAGUGUUGCAGACGGUGAUAUGGGUGACCUCGAGGAUAAUGAUGGUAGCCAGUGUGUGGUCGAUAUGGACGACAGUAUCGGUCCGAAUCGGCCAAAGGACUCGGACGACACAGCAACUAGUAGGAGCCCGCGAAGCAAAGGAAAGCGAGUAAUGCAAGCAGACGCCAGUAGAAGUGAUGUUUCUCUGGAUGUCCCGGAUAAGGGGCAAACGAAUCCCGAGGAGGAGGUAGAGGGGGAGCACUUGGCGGUCUACAUAGCGCGCUACAGCUAUGACCCACAACAACACUCGCCAAACGAUGCGCCACAAGAAGAGCUUGCAUUCCAGGCCGGGGACUAUCUCUACAUAUUUGGGGACGUAGACGAGGAUGGGUUCUAUGUUGGCGAGCUCAUGGAUGGUCAGCGAGGGCUGGUCCCUUCCAAUUUCGUGGAGAAAGUUGCUGAUGAAGAUGAGAUGUCGUGGAUGAUGAACGGAACAGACGAAGCGUAUGACAGCAGUGAAGAGGAGGAAGCCGAACUAGAAGCUCUUCGACGGCGAGACGCAGCCGACGCUGUUCUUACCCAGAAGGCCCUACUGGAGCCCGUUAAACUCCUCCAAUUUUCGGGCAAACUUCAUCGUAACUUACGGCUGAAUGUGGAGCACAUCCAGGACGCAAACCUCGCCGACAUCGUGGAGGAGGAAGAGGACGAUGGCGGGAGCGUGACAGAAGAGUCACGUGAGGUGCUGCUCAGCCAGGAUGGCGUAACAAGUGACGACACCGACUUCGAGCCUGCGAGAAUACCAUCGCCAAAGCGUGUCUCUCUCGAGCGCCAGUUCACACGGAGCGUGCUUCUUAACUGGAAGGCUCCUGACCUACCGUCAGAGGAGAUCCGAGGCUACGGGGUCUACGUGAAUGGAGAUAUGCGAAUGAUGUUGAAGGGCAGUAACCGAACAAAGGCUCUCAUAGAGAACAUAGACCCUGACAAGACUUAUCGCAUAUCUGUGCGGACUUUGACAACCCGCGGAGAGGAGUCAUUUGACCAGGAGGCCAUGCUCACAAUCGGCAAAGACGCUAGUGUUGCGCCUGAAAACGUCCACGUCACUUCAAUAUCGCCCACUUCUGCCAAGAUCGAGUGGUUGCCCGGCAACAGCUCCUACGCGCAUCAGAUCUUCGUCAAUGGCGCGCCCCAAAGAACAAUCAGACCGGGCACGUACCAGCAUACCUUGAUGGACCUCGAGCCUGGUCAACACUACCGCGUGCACGUGCGUGCAAGGACGUCCCAGUUCUCGCUGGACGAGAACACGCCCCCCUCAGAUGACGACCCUCUGACAUCUGCUGUGGAGUUCGCUACCGAGAAGGGAGGUCUCCCUGAUGCACCGCUUGACGUUACACUCUUACCCAGUGCUCCUGACAACGCGCCAAACUCAAUGGAGGUGGCGUGGAUGCCAGUGACGAUCUCGGAUAAUGGGACAUCUAACGGGGCUCGCGUCACUGGAUACAAGGUCUACAUCAAUGAUGUCCAGGUUGCCGAGGUUAUGUCACCAGUAGCAGAUGGCGUGACGGUCACGUCAUGGAUGACCGAGCGAGCCGUCAAGCGGAGACCCUCUGAUAUCUUACACUUACACGUUAGAACCCAGUCCCUCAGCGGCGAGUCAACUCCCUCAGACGGCAUCGACAUUCCGCUGAGUUUUUUCGACUUCCGGGCAAACCGUCUCAUCCAGAACCACUCCCCAGGGACUCCCUUGAAGGCGACGAGCCAGGGAAGACAUCCCGUGGGGGAGGGGGGAGGGUUGGAGACGCGGACGGAAGUGUACAGCGGGUCUGACUCGGGGACAGAGCUGGAGGACCAAAACCAUAAUCUGAGGGAGGGGAGGGAGAGGCCGAUAAAAAAGGAAAGAACGAUAUUCACCAAAACAGUGGAAAACAAUCAGAAAGACACGAGUGACCACACCCCUCUUGUCCCGGAGGCGCGCACCAAGGGCUCCCCCAAGGUGUGGCAAAUAGCCGUGGAAGACGAGACGGACAGCGGAGACAGCAACAAGCGUGAAUACGGGGGCAGCAGCGAGGAGGACGAAGCCGUCGAGAUAUGCGCCGCGGACCCCCUGAACGGGACCUACAGCCUAGAGAAUCCGGGGGAGACAGGAUAUCAACAACUGGAAGAGGAGCCUGAAAUCGUCAGCGAAAAGGACCAACAGUCGCCCAAAAAUGUCCCGAGACCCGAAGACGAUCAAGCGUCUUCAAGUGAUCGUAAGAUAAGCACGUUCUCGGAAGCUAAUGACAUCGACAUGGAGGAUCUUAAUCGAUCGCUGGAAGAUGCGCAGAGCCUCAAGACCGCUGAGGCAACUGAUGAGGGGAGGGAAGGGGCUAAGGAGUCCUUCAUUCGCCAGCUGGAGAUGACAACAAGCGACUUGGAGGACUCGAGCGAAAGCACCCCCUUGUCGGUGAUACAAGAGGAGGAGGAAGACGAGGUAACCGAGCCUCAAGGUGUGGCCAGCCGCUCGUCUCGUACCCAUUCCGCCACGGAAAGUUUCCUUAGCGAUGAUGACGUACUAGACCUAUUGGAUGAGGAACAGGAAGAGAACCGCGCCCCAGGAACAGCCGUUACUGCUGCCAACGUACGGCGACUGUCUCACGAAGCCUUACAGAUAUCACAGGGGGCCAUGGUGGAGGACGACGGGGAUCAGUCAUUAGCACCUUACCUCACCAGCCACACCCUCCAGGAGCGGGAGGCCGUCAUCCCUACCCCUACUAUUCAAACAUCCGAUAACUUAAUGGAAGGUAUUCAAAUAGAGGAGGAAUCCCCCGGAAAUAGUGAGUGUAGCAACAAUGCCUUUAAUGACGCAGAGGCUGAUCAGGGGAAUGCCACACCACAACGAACCUCAACUCCACUGGACUCCAAACAAGGUUACACCCCCCUGGGAAUACGCGAGGAUAGGCAGGGGGAUGCUGAUGACGGGUAUGGCCAGGGGGGUGAUGAUACCAACCUGACGUAUACCCUGGGGGAUAGUGAAGUACCCGAGGAUGACCAGGAAGGGUUAGUGAGGAUAUUCAUCGCGCUUUAUGAUUAUGAUCCGAGCACGAUGUCACCAAACCCGGGAGCUGAAGAGGAGGAGCUGAAGUUCAGCGAGGGAGAUCUAAUCAAGAUAUUUGGCGAGAAAGAUGAGGAUGGUUUCUACUGGGGCGAGUGUGAGGGUGUCACAGGCUUUGUACCUUACAACAUGGUCUCCGAAGUGCAAGUCGAGGACGAUGACCUUGCAAAUCAAGCCCCGUCCUCCUUACCCCAAGCAUACGAACCCUCCCUCCCACAGGAUAACUUAUCGUACUAUCCUCGGGAAGAAACUAGCACCCAGGUCCUCGAGCAAAGCGGGCAGGUCGAGCCGCUCGAUUUAGAAGAAACUGGACCCUACCAGGACGGGACUGAAGGAAUCCAUCUGGAGGAGACCACUGGCCAGGAGGACGAGGCCCUAGAUGGCAAUCGGGAGGAUUAUCCUGAAGAAAAUGCGGAAUUCGCGGAGUUCCAGGACCCGAGAGACAGCCUUAACUACAGCUUGCCGCCAAAGAAGAUGAUCGCGCUAUUUGACUACGAUCCGAGAAUUCUCUCUCCCAAUCCUGACAGCGAGGUGGAACUCAGCUUCCAUGUGGGUGACGUCGUACUUGUGUACGGAGAAAUGGACGAGGACGGCUUUUUUACGGGUGAAUUGAAUGGCUUGCGCGGACUCGUACCUUCAAACUUUCUAGAAGACUUGGUGGAAAUGGUGACUCCACCUACGGGUAACAACGUCAGUACGACUCAGGCUUCCUCUCCCAGCACAAGUACAGAGAUCACGCCCAACGGCACUCGAAGCACGAAACAAGACAAAACUAAGAAGACUCCCGAGGAAUCAAAGAAGAAGAAAGGCAUCUUAUCUAAGGGAAAGCAGAUGCUGAAGAAAAUGACCAAGGGCCAAACAAAGAAAUAAACUGUAUAUAAGAUAUUUUAUAAGAUAAACUAUGAAUACAUACAAUACAAGAAACGUAUUUUACUACUAUAUCUAGUAUUUUUAAUAAUACCCCAAUAAUAGUCCAAUAAUGGACGCAGGGGGUGUAGUUCUAUGAGUUUUUUAGCGAUUCAAAUGGGUCCCAUGGCCCGCUUUUUGUAUAAAUGAGCAAUAUAUAUUUUAUAGGCGUGUGAAAUAUAUUAUAAGCAAAGAUUGUUAUAUCAAAGUUGUCUUUAGACGACUAGUGCAACUAUGUAUAAUAAGAAAUUUUAAUUAUCUUAAGUAUUUACCGUACACAUCCAUUCUACAAACUAGUAAACGUAUAUAUGUAUUUAUUUAUUAUCCCUCCUGGUCAAGAGGACACACUAUGUGACACUUCUUGCUCAAGUUUUAUGGCGUCAAUCUGUGAUGUCAUAUUAACAUACUCUUAUGACAUCACUAUUUCUCGUCACGUUUUACUUCAACGUCACGUACAUUUCAUAUUUUAAAGUUAUACUGCUCCCGUGUGAUAACGUCCAAAUAUCAUAGUUACUAGACUUGACAUGCUACCUUACUUCAACGUCUCUCGCGUCUUAUUUCUUACUUUUUAAUUGUAAUAACGUGUGUGAAAGAUUUCAAAGCAUUAAAAAUAAUUAACUAAGA